CUUUAUCUCGUAGUGAAACGAGUGAAACAUUCUUAUCGUCUUUGUGGAAUCCUCCUGGAUCUGCGGUCCGGUCAAGAUUGUCAAUUAUUUGUCUUAAUUCAUUAUUCACUUAGGAGGACAGCCCUAGGUAGAAUACCGAGACAUAUCUUAUCAGCUGUUGCUUGAAGCAUUGCUGAUUGCUCAAUCCGUCACUAAUAGUCUGAAGGCAGAACUGAAUGAGGUGAUUGCGUCGAUUGUUCGGGUAGUUGGUUCUCGGUGCUUUGACCGUUCUUGGAAAACACUGGUGGUUCCAUGAGUUCCCUGCUCAAGAUGGGUGCUAAACGACAACUUUUUCUCAUGUCUUCAUCCACCGUCCACGGCUAUGAAUAUUUACAGCAUGCCGAAAAUGAUAUGAGCGCAUUCUUUAAAAAGAACAACGUUCAGAAGGUUUUGUUCGUUCCGUACGCCCUGACGAACCACGACAGCUACACGGAAAAGGUCGCUACCGUACUGCAACGUUGGGGCUUCGCUUGCGAAGGCAUCCACCGGAAGUCCGACCCAGUGCAGGCCGUAAAAGAAGCCCAAGCAAUUUACAUUGGGGGAGGUAACACAUUUCUACUGUUGAAGUCUCUCUACGAACGCCACCUGGUGCAGGCUAUUCACGAUCGGGUGCUGAACCAAUCCGUUCCGUACGUUGGCAGUUCGGCCGGUACGAACGUGGCCACCCGUAGCAUUCAGACGACCAACGACAUGCCAAUCGUUUGUCCGCCAAGCUUCGACGCACUGAACCUGGUGCCGUUCAACAUUAAUCCGCACUAUCUGGAUCCGGAGGUUGGUGGUACGCAUAAGGGAGAAACCCGAGAGGAACGGAUCGCGCAGUUUCAUGAGCUGAACGAUGCAUCGGUGCUGGGCCUGCGCGAGGGCUCUACGCUGCUGGUUGAUGGCGAACGUGCGACGCUACUGGGACAGAAGUCGGCGCGACUGUUUCGCCGUGGUCGUGAGCCAGAAGAGUUUGAGAGUGGGACGGAUUUGAGCUUUCUGUUGAAGGAGUGAUUGCGAGUUGAUGAUUUUUCCUUAUAAAAGGUCUAGCUGAAUGUAAUAAAAGGUAAAUUAUGUUAUCAAAAGUGUUACCCGCCAUCUAUUUU